GGAAUAGCGAAUCCAAGCAGCUCGCGCAGCCUGGUCAAAGCUCUCGUGCCGCCGCUGGUGCUGGACGUCGGAGAGCCCUUGUGCAGUGUUAGAGACGUGUUGAAAUCACAUAAUCGGAUGUCUAUUUUGGUGACCCUCUAUCCUCAUCUUAUAAUUAUCACGUAGCGAAGCCGUUGGUGUGAUUCCGGACAGAUUGACCGACGGAAAGACUGACUGGAGAGGAAGUGACCAUACAAACGGAUUGCCAGGAGGAUCGUGGGAGGGAUAACCAGACCCUGGUCCUGGAGCGGAGGGGCUGAAUGACAGAGCAGCACAUGUGGAGGGCUAGCAGGCCGACCGCCACGUCCUGACCCCCGACCGCUGAAGUCCCGCUCCCCCCCCCUCCCCCCCUCCCCCCGACCCCUACACGCAACGAGUGACCUCAGCACUGGGUGUCACGGAAACGGAAUAGCAAGGAAGUACCGCUCCUCCGCAGGCAUGAGGUCCUUCCGUUCCUUCGGCAACGACGACCGCCAUGUCAUGGCAAAGCACUCCACCAUCUACCCGUCCUCGCAUGACCUGGAAGCCGUCCAAUCGCUGGUCUCUACCGUGGAGUGCGCCCUCAAGCAGGUCUCCGAUUGGCUGGACCGGAGCAACAGUAACGGUGUCGGCACCGUGACGGCGAUCAGCCCGGCCGAGCCCGGCGCCAAGCAGGAUAAGGACCCAGGGGACAAGGACCAAGGGGACAAGGACACAGGGGACGAGCACGGGGAAAAGCCCGCAGACGAGGAGGAGGAAGACGCAGACGGAUACAGGGAGCCCGGAGGAGGCGGGUCUCUGUGUGGAGUGCUGCGGAUCGGCCUGGUGGCCAAGGGCCUGCUCAUCAAGGACGACAUGGACCUGGAGCUGGUCCUCAUGUGUAAAGACAAGCCCACCGAGACGCUGCUGGACACGGUCUGUCAGAACCUGCCCACACAGAUACAGACGCUGUCGGACGGCAAGUACGAGAUCACCAGCUCCCUCCCCGAGGCGGCCAUUCUGGUGAAGACCACGACGGAGCCCAAGCUCACCCUGAAGAUCACGCUCACCUCCCCCGCCAUGAGGGACGAGGAGGACGAGGAGGAGGAGGAGGAGGAGGAGGAAGGAGAGGAGGAAGAACAGGAGGAGGAGCAGCAGGAACAACAGAAACAACAGCAGGAGAAGGAGCCGGAGGAGAAGGUCGUGAAGCAGGAGGGAGUCGAGCUGGAGGAGAACCAGGAGGAGGACGUGCGAGUGUUGAGCGCUGCAGCGCAGAGAGUGAAGGCUGAGGAGGAGAAACAGGAGGAGGGGGAGUCUCUGGACAGGCACACAUGUCUGUUGGCCCUGGCAGCCCUGCGACACGCCAAGUGGUUCCAGGCCAGGGUGAACGGACUCAAGUCGUGCGUCAUCGUGCUCCGGAUCCUGCGGGACAUGUGCAACAGACACGCCGUCUGGGCGCCGCUCAGAGGAUGGCCCCUGGAGCUCAUCUGUGAGAAGGCUAUCGCCACCUGCAACAGACCUCUGGGAGCGGGCGAGGCCCUGCGCAGAGUGAUGGAGUGUCUGGCCUCUGGCAUCUUACUACCAGGCGGUCCUGGACUACACGACCCGUGUGAGAAGGAGCCCGCCGAUGCCCUGGCCCACAUGACGGACCAGCAGGCCCAGGCCGUUACACACAGCGCCCAGCAUGCGCUGAGACUCAUGGCCUUCGGACAGAUCUACAAAGUGUUGGAGAUGGACCCCCUUCCCUCAAGUAAACCAUCCCAGAAAUACCCUUGGUCUGACAAAGAAGGUUCCGGUCUGAAGCGGCCGUACGAGGAUGGUGCGAUGGAAGACAGAGACCUGAUCAAGAAGAUGAAGAGGAACCUGAGGAAAGUCCUGGACAGCAAGGCCGUAGAGUCCAACCAGCCCAUGAACGCCCUGAUGCGUCUGAACCAGAUCCGGCCGGGGCUGCAGUACCGCCUGCUGUCCCAGUCGGGCCCGGUCCACGCGCCGCUCUUCACCAUGUCGGUGGACCUGGACGGCACCGUGCACCAGGCCGCAGGCUCCUCCAAGAAGACCGCCAAGCUGCACGUCGCCGUCAAGGUGCUGCAGGCCAUGGGCUACCCCACGGGCUUCGACUCGGACCUCGACCCCAUGAGUUCGGACGAGAGGUCGGACGGCGAGGGCAAGAGCGAGACGACGGCCAACGCCGGCAGCCAACCGACGCACUCCUCGGACAGCUCCAACACGCUGGAGGUGAGGACACAGGGCCCCAUCCUGACGGCCAGCGGGAAGAACCCCGUGAUGGAGCUGAACGAGAAGAGACGCGGCCUGAAGUACGAGCUCAUCUCAGAGAGCGGGGGCAGCCACGACAAGCGCUUUGUGAUGGAGGUGGAGGUGGAUGGACAGAAGUUCCGCGGGGCGGGGCCCAACAAGAAAGUGGCUAAGGCGAGCGCUGCCUUGGCCGCCCUGGAGAAGCUCUUCUCCGGUCCCAACGCCGCCGCGAACAAGAAGAAAAAGCCCCUACCUCAGCAGACCAAAGGAGCGCUGGCGGCGGCCUCGGCGGUCGCGGCCCAGGUGGCGCGGGGCCGAGGGAGGACGGCGCUGGCGAGGGGGGCCUUCGUCAGCGCCGCCGCCGCGCCCGGAUACGUCACGCCAGGUAGUCCGCCCGUCUGGACGGCCUCGGGCUGGAACCCCAAUGCCCGCAGUCUACACAGCUUUGGCGCGCCGUACGGCUACACUCCUGCUGCUGCUGCAGCUCCCGCCUAUGGUGGUCUUUUCAUCGACAACCCCUUCUACCAGCCGCGGACCCUCGCCCCCUUCAUCAUCCACCUGGGACCCCAGGACCUCUUCUCUGACUUCUAGAGGCACUGGGAAAUGAUGCUGCUGCUACUCCCAGCGGAUGACUCUCUCUCUCUCUCUCUCUCUCUGUCUCUCUCUGUCUCUGUCUCUGUCUCUGUCUCUGCUUCUGUCUCUCUCUCUCUCUCUGGCCAUGGCAACAGGACCGCUGCUCAAUGCCAUCCUCCUGUUUUCCCUUUCUCUUUUUUUGGGGGGCAUCUGGCUGAAGAGUCACGGAGAUCCAGACGGUCUGGCUUUAUUUAGUUCAGUCCUCUGGCAACGGCUCUGCCGAAGCCCGAGUCUGUCUGACCUGCCCGCCGACACGCCCCCUCUCCUCGCCUCCUCUCCUUCCUUCCUUCCUGGUCUGGACGAAAAGCGGGUAGACGAGGAGGAGCAGGAGGAAGAGGAGGAGGAAGAGGAGAUGGACUCGAUAGGAGUGGAAAAAAAAUAAAAAAGCAAUAGUUUGGAUUUUAUGACACGAAUGUUCAGCUGCAUCUAUUUAAACCGGGCUGAACCCUUUGUUGGGUGUUAUAUUAUAUAAACAUAGUAUAAUAUAUUAUAGCAAUACACGUGAAAACUCUUGUCUGCUUGGAGCUUACUUACUUGAGAUGAGGAUGAUGAUGAUGCUGAUGAAGAUGUGAAUGUCCGACAGCGUUUUCCAACACGACAGCAGCAUUGCAAUAGCUCAUAUUGAUUGUAUGUGUGUGUACGUGUGGCUGUAACAUGACAUGAUAUAUACAAUUAUAUUGUAUGGUGUAUGUUUCUAUAACAAUGUGUCGAUGAUGAUGUUCCUUUUAUUGUUAUAAUGUAUUUAUGUAAAUAUGCCAUCAAAUAUAAUUGGUAUAAAUUAUUUUAGAAGUAAGUGAAAUGUAACUAAUAUCACAGUAUAGCGAAAAAUAUUUCUUCCAAUUUUAUAUACACUGAGCAAUGGAAUUCUAGUCCUAGGAGAUGCAAUAUUAUCUUUCAUAUUAUUAUGAUAUGAGUGUUGUUCUAGUAUAGUGACGCUUCCUUCCUUCCUUCCUUUCCUCGCUCCACUUCCUCCUUUACUCCCUAUCUCCUUUCCUGUGUCUUUGAUAUCUUCUGAGCCCUUUGUAAGUGUCCUCUCUCUCCUGCCCGGAGCCUUUUCUGACCAUCCAGAACCAGAGGUGCUCAACUUUUGAACCCACCAAGCCCCUCUCACGUCUCUCUCUUAUCUCAACCCCUCUCUCUCUCUCUCUCGGAAAGCACAUUUUCUAUCGCCUCCUUACUGGCAGGGAAUGAUGUGACACUUUGUAGUGUGUGUGUUUGUGUGUGUGUGUAUACACUACGAUAUAUAUCUUCUGUUCACUAAAACAAAUCUCAUCUCAACCUCAUCUCCCAUCCUGCUCCGCAUUUUUCGGCGCGAACCAAAAGCACAGUUGUUGUUUGUGAGGUUUCUUUGAAUUGUAUGUUGCUGGUUUGUUGGUUUGUCUUUGUUUUUCACUCUUGUUUUCAACCCCCUGGUUCUCUUUCCCCCUCAGCGGGACGUCUGUUUGUACAACAUGGCUGCUGUGUUUGCCUCUGACUAUGCUGGAAGUUAAUGCUAAUGUUAGCGAACAGCAGAGGCAAACUACAGGACGCUACGGUGUCUACUUGGAACCGGGAUAUACAACACCGUUAUUUACCAGCUUUCGCCCCCUUUCUGUGUAUUUUAACAGCCCCAGGAAUUGUAUACUUAACUAAAUAGGGUAGGAUUAUCCGCUGAGGUUAUCAGCAACGUUAUGACUGCCCGACAGAGCACAAAAACUGGACUUGUACAAUGGCUUAAACUGCGUAUCUCUUGCCCCAGCAUAAUCCGUCCAACACGAUUCUCUCGACACAUUUUAUUGUAGGAAAAUGUUUAAAUAAAGAAGUAGGCGUAGUGUUUGACCUUUUGUUAAUAGGCUAUACCUUCUAAUUGUUAACAUAUUGUUGGGUUUGUUCCGUGACCGCGUUUGUGAUGAUGUCGUGGGAUGCCACAAUUGUUUUUGUUUUGUUAUGUUUUUUUAACAGUUGCUUCAAAGGAGAAGGCCUGCUAUAGCGUCACUGUACUUCUUGCAAUGUGUGCAGAAAUACAGUGAGAUACAGUGUCUGUCUCGUAUUCAUGUCAGCAUCUAGAACUGAAGAGCCAGUACUGUCAUUGAGCAAUCCUUUUUUUUUUACAGUGCAUCACAGGAAAAAAAUUACAGGGUGUCUCGGAUCAUAAGGCAAUAUUAAAUGUCGAGCUAUGAAAGUUGGA